GCACAGGAGAUGACCAACCAUACAUCUUGCGGUGCAGGGAUGGGAGUUACUGUGGACUAAAUACAUUCUGUAACACAGAGUGAGAGUGUAUAUUGUAGUUACUGAUUGAACGAAAGUACUACACAGUCUCUCCUCCUCCUCCCCCUCUUGCUCACAAUCAAAUCAUUUCAGAUGAACAAAGUAAAAUGAAUGAGGAAAUGGUGGUUGGCUCAUCUCCAGUCCAACUCUUCCCUCCUUGAUGUCCCAGGCCUAUAAAAACCAGCCUCCAUGACACAGCCUCCAAAACAAGCAGCGCUCAUUGACAUAGAGAGCCCGAGACAGAAAGAGAAAAGACAUUCACAGAGGGUUAUGCACAUUCACCACCAACAGCACUGAGGGCACCCUGCGCAAAAGGCUAUAGGAGGCCUUCAGCAAACAAUCAAUCUGGAGCAACCAAGUCUUAGUUAAAAUCUAAGACCUCAUCUCACCCACCCAGCCAGUCCUUUCACGGAUCACAGUCCUUUCAAGGACACACAGGAUUGGGACACACAGAUCUCGGACCCCCCUCUGUACAGGAUGGCUGUCAGCGAAAAUGGCAGCAGUGUGACUGUGGAGACAAGUGCUGAGGAGAGGCCUAAAAGUGCAGAGGAGAGGCCUAAAUGGGACAACAAAGUUCAGUACCUGCUGACUUGCAUUGGCUUUGCGGUGGGCCUGGGCAACGUGUGGAGAUUCCCAUAUCUCUGCCAGGUGUAUGGGGGAGGUGCGUUCCUCAUCCCCUACCUGAUAGCGCUGGUGUUUGAGGGUCUUCCUCUGCUCUACCUGGAGUUGGCUAUCGGCCAGCGGCUCCGACUGGGCAGCAUCGGGGUGUGGAACUCCAUCUCCCCCUACCUGGGAGGAGUGGGUAUGGCUUCCAUGAUGGUGUCUUUCCUGGUGGGCCUCUACUACAACACCAUACUGGCCUGGGUGCUCUGGUACUUCUUUCACUCCUUCCAGGACCCGCUGCCUUGGAGUGAAUGCCCCGUUAAAGAGGACCUAUCAGGCUAUGUACAAGAGUGUGUGGACAGCACGCCUGUCAACUACUUCUGGUACAGACAGACACUGAACGUGACGUCCAACAUUGAGACCAACGGCUCUCUGCAGUGGUGGCUGGUGCUGUGCCUGGCCACGGCCUGGUGCAUCGUCUACAUCUGCUUCAUCAGGGGCAUAGAGACCAUUGGCAAGGCAGUGUACAUCACGGCCACCUUCCCGUACCUGGUGUUGACCAUCUUCCUGGUGCAAGCUCUGACUCUCCCUGGAGCCACCGAGGGCCUCAUCUACCUAUUCACUCCAAAUUGGGAGCUGCUGAAGAACCCCAGGGUGUGGCUGGACGCUGCCACUCAGAUCUUCUUCUCCCUCUCACUGGCCUUUGGCGGGCUCAUCGCAUUCUCCAGCUACAACGCAGAGAAAAACAACUGUGAAAGAGAUACACUUCUAGUGGGCUGCAUCAACAGUGCCACCUCUCUCUACGCCUCCAUCUCAAUAUUCGCCAUCUUGGGCUUCAAGGCAAUGACAAACUACAACACCUGCCUACAGGGUAACAUCUUGGCUCUCACCAACGCCUUUGAUGUUGGAGAUCAGAACAUAACUGUUGAGAACUAUGAGAGCUGGCUAGUCAGCCUGACCUCAUCCGAUGAAACCAAAGUCUCCAGUCUGAAUCUGACCAAGUGUGAGCUUCAGACGUUCCUGGACGAGAGCGUAUCAGGAACAGGCCUGGCAUUCAUCGUGUUUACGGAGGCGGUGAUCUCCAUGCCGGGCUCUCAGGUGUGGGCGAUUCUCUUCUUCAUCAUGCUCUUUAGCCUGGGCCUGUCCUCCAUGUUUGGGAAUCUGGAAGGUGUCCUGGCCCCUCUCAACGACCUCAAGAUACUGCCCAAGUGGGUGCCCAGUGAACUCAUCUCAGCGACUCUGUGUCUGAUAUCUCUGUUGUUUGGCCUGGUGUUCACCAUGGGUUCUGGAAACUACUGGCUGGAGAUCUUCAAUAACUACGUGGGCUCAGUCUCUCUGCUCAUCAUCGCCUUCUUCGAGCUCAUUGGAGUCGUUGCGUUUCGUGGCAUGAAACAGUUCAGUGAUGAUAUCGAGUUCAUGACAGGGAAGCGUCCCAACCUGUUCUGGAGGGUGUGCUGGAUGGGCAUCAGCCCUGCUCUGCUGGUGGUCAUCCUAGUGGCAUACGUGGCAGUCCAGGCCACAACAGUGCCCACCUACCCAGCAUGGAACCCAGACUAUGUCAACUUCCCCCAGACGGAGGUCCUUCCCUACCCUGAUUGGGUGUUUGCCAUGUGUGUUCUGCUGGUGGCUAUUCCAGUGGCGCCCAUACCUAUCGUGGCCCUGUACAGACUCAUCCAGCGAUACUGCUGCAGAUCUAAAGCAGUAGAGCCAAGCAGAUCCUCCAACCCAUAUGCAAACGAAGGCUUUAACAUGGACACAUAAAACAACCAGAUCUCUCCUGCAAUGAGAACACACCAGAAUCCUAUUCGUUAUGUCUGAUAAGGAUUUUAUUUACUCUAGCAGAAGACUAUGGCUGUAUUAUUUAAUAGGUAUUUCAAGCAGUUUCCUCUUAAACUGUGCACCCAGAGAAGACUACUUAUUUCUACUAUGUAUCAUAAAUAUAAUACAUUGUAUCUUUUCAUGUUUCAGUCUUUGAAAACAU